AUGUUCCAACUAAUCCCAAAACGAACCCUUACCCUACCAAACCUACUCCGCCAAAACUUCUCAUCAACAACCUCAAAUCCAAGUUCUCCAAACCUCCAAAUCAUCAAACCAACUACACUUCAAACCAAUCCCUCAAGCGGAAAACUAAGAAACGGUGUCUUGGGUUUCUUACUUGGUUUAACUCUUACUGGUACUUAUCUUACCUCACAAUUAUACCAAGACUACCAAACCGCUUCAAAUGCACUUCAACUAUCAAUCGAAGAACUAAAAUCAUCUACCCUAAAAAUUACAAAUCAAAUCAAACGGAUCGAAAGAAUCGAAAGAGAUUUAGAUGCCUUAAACAACUCUACAAACCAAUCUAUUAACAAAAUCCAAAACACCACUUCAAGCACUUCUCAAACUUUAGAUAAAUUAGAAAUCCAACAGCUUAAAUUAUCUUCUAAACUUUCUCAACUUGAAAUCGAUUGUUGUGAUCAAGGAUCUAAGAAUCAAACCAAAUUAUGUUAA